AUGUGGCGACGUUACUUAAUGUGGUUUGCGCACGAACACGUCGACUUUCGUCAUGCUGAGAUGCAUAGUAUUUUGUCUAUGUAUAAUAUUCCAAUAAAAUUUAUUGAGCAACCCUGUAUAAACAAACCAUACUGGAUAGUAGAACUACCGACAGAGGACCAUGUGAAGAAAAUCGCAUCAAGAUCCGUUCUUGUUAAGAAUUGUAUAGAAUUAUGGUCUCAUGCUAAGAGUCAAAUUAAACUACAUGAAAAUUUAAAAAAGGCAAUUAAAAACUCUGAAAGAACGUGGAUAGUGCCACAUGACUCGGAUGAUAACGGCAAUCAUUUAUCCCACAUCUGUCCUAGUGAAUUAAUUAAAGCUUGCAGCAGUUCUGACAAAUCCUUUAAAGUAGAGGUGGAAACAUUCUGUAAACAUUUCUCAAUGCAAGAGAAGGUUGAUAAAAUUGAGACUUUCAGUUACCUGCCUCUAGAAGGACCAGUAAAAUUGAAGAAUCCGGACAUAAUAUUAUCCUACUUUGAAUUCUAUGGAGUCGAUCCUAAUAAUGUACCUGAAAAGCCAUAUGAUGUGUUUUUUGGCAGAUGGAUUGUCGAUGGUCAGCGUGACCUCAUCCAGCGUCACUCGCUGAAGCGCCGCCAGUUCAUCGGCAACACUAGCAUGGACGCCCAGCUUUCAAUACUGAUGGCCAACCAAGCUCAGGUGGUUCCCGGUGACGUUAUGCUUGACCCAUUUGUUGGCUCGGGAAGUCUACUUGUCGCUGCUGGUCACUUUGGUGCGCACGUCUGGGGUUCAGAUAUCGACUUCAUGAUGCUGCACGCCAGAACCCGUCCCACGCGGGUCGGACAAAAGGAGCGUACGAAGCAAGAAAGCAUCAGAGGCAAUAUGAGGCAGUACGGAAUAGAGAACCGUUAUUUGGACGUGAUGGUGAGCGACUUCUCGCUGCCCAUGUGGAGGGACGACGUCAAAUUCGACGCUAUAGUAACGGACCCCCCUUACGGCGUGCGCGAGCCAACUGAGAAGAUCGGUAUCGACAAGGAGAACUACACCCUAACAGAGGAGCACCGGGUCAACCACGUCCCCUCCAAAGUGGAGUACGGCCUGCCCCACCUCUACAGCGAUCUCCUGGACUUCGCCGCCGAACAUCUGGAGGUUGGCAGGCGGCUCGUGUGCUGGUACCCAUUGGUCAGGGACGAAUACGAUGAGAAGCACCUGCCGAGGCAUCCCCGCCUGCAGUUGGUCGCUAACUCGGAGCAGGUGAUCUCCAGGUGGACGGCCAGGCGGCUGCUCACCUACCAGAAGCUCAAGGUCCAGGACUCCAGUGCAACGACGGACCCGCUCGCCAUUGCUCCCAACUUCAGGGAGAAAUACUUUUCAGUGGGCGAAACGACGCGGAAGGAGAGGAAAGAGAAACGGGCAGCAGACAUGUUGGCGAACGCCGAGUGGCGAGCGCGAGCUACAAAUGACCAAACA